AUCGGUCAUCUGACAAGCGUCGGGGCUUGUUUUUCUUGAAACACCAGCCAUCCUCGCUCCGUCUCGUCCACCUGUGAGGUGACCGGGAAGCUGCAGACGCCAGAAAUCCGGAACUUCAGUCGCAGGAGAAGUGUCCCAGGCGAACGGUGAAGACAUGGACACCAAGGCAGAGGUGGUGGUCAAGCUGCGCUCGGCGUUUCGCUCCGGCAUCACAAUCCCCGAGCAGUUCCGUAGAAGUCAACUGGUGAAGCUGAAGACGCUGAUAAAGGAAAAUGAAGAGCGGUUUCUACAGGCGCUGCACCAGGACUUGGCCAAGCCCAAGUUUGAGGCCAUCCUGUCCGAGGUGGACAUGGUGGUCAACGAGCUGGUGUACGCCAUCGAUAACCUGCACAGCUGGAUGCAGCAGGAGUACGUCAGCAAGAACCUGGCCACCAAGCUGGACGACUGUUUUGUGCGCAGGGAGGCGCUGGGAGUGGUCCUGAUCAUCGGCGCGUGGAACUACCCGCUGCAGCUGCUGUUCUUACCCAUGGUGGCAGCCAUCGCAGCGGGAAACUGCGUCAUCCUCAAGCCUUCAGAGGUCAGCGCCGCAACAGAUCUCCUCGUCGCAGAGCUUGUCCCCAAAUACCUGCACCAGGACUGUUACGCAGUUGUUCGAGGAGGAGCAGAAGAGACCAAGGCCCUUCUUCAGAAUCGCUUCGACCACAUCUUCUACACGGGUUCGCAGGCUGUGGCCCGUAGCAUUCUGCAGGCCGCAGCCCCCCAUCUCACCCCGGUCACCCUGGAGCUGGGCGGCAAGUGUCCCUGUCUGAUAUACGGUCAGGUCAACGUCACUUCAGCGGCUCGGCGCCUGGUGUGGGCCAAGUUCUUCAACGCUGGCCAGAGCUGCGUGGCUCCAGACUACGUGUUGUGCUCUCAGGCCACGUGUGACGCACUGCUGCCGGCUGUUCGUGAAGCUCUGGACGCCUUCUACACUAAAGAACCACAGAAGUGUCCCGACCUGUCUCGCAUCGUCUCCCAGCGACACUGGAUUCGCCUCACUGAGAUGCUGAAGAGGUCCAAAGGAAAGAUCGUGGUGGGAGGGGAAAGCAACCUGGAGGAUAAGUACAUCGCUCCCACUGUUGUGGUGGACGUGUCUGAAGAUGACGCACUCAUGGAGGAGGAGAUUUUCGGGCCCAUUCUGCCCAUAAUCGCCAUCGACACUCUGGAGGAGGCCAUCAACUAUGUCAACCGGAGAGAACACCCUCUGGCCUCCUAUGUCUUCUCUGAGGAGUCUUCGGUGGUGAACACUGUCUUGGACAAGACCAGCAGCGGGGGCUUCUGUUCCAAUGAUGGCAUCGUGCACAUGACCCUGCCAGGCCUGCCAUUUGGAGGUGUUGGGGGCAGCGGUUGGGGUAGCUACCAUGGCCGCUGGGGCUUUGAAACAUUCAGCCACCGUCGAGCCUGCAUGAUGCGCGGCUGGGCUCUGGAGCGUCUCAACAGCUUGCGGUACCCACCGUACCAGGAUGACAAGCUUGGCUGGCUGCGCUGGACCACCAGCAAGUGCAUCCUCAUGUGAUGGCCUGAGGAGCUCAGUGUGGUGCGGUGAUGUGUGUGUGUGUGUGGUUUUAGAUGUGUCGGUGAAGUUGGAGGACACUAUUGGCUUUAGCCAAAUAGAUGGAAGCCUCUUUUGAAAAGCUGGAAUUAAACCUCACUCACUGUUGCAGCUCACACCUGUGUGACACAGACUUGCUUUAAUGGCAGCUCUACUGCUUGGUUGUUGUUUUUUUUUAUUGGUUAUACAUUUUUAAACUGCUACAGAAGCCUUAGGUCCAAUGAUCUUUUAUAAUUUAUAUUUUUGCACUAUUACUAUCUGCUUUUACUCAAUGGAAAAUGUAUGUGAUUACUUUGCUGGUGUCUGAGAGGUUACCUGGGGCCUAGGAAAUAAAGCUGGGCUUUGACGUC